AUGCCUGAGACGACCAAGGUGGUGCCCCUCACCUGCCAUGGACACUCGAGACCCGUUCCACAUAUACACUUCUCAUCCCUGCAAGAGGACGACCAAUACUACAUCAUCUCAGCAUGCAAGGACAACAACCCCAUGCUCCGCGAUGGAGUCACGGGCGAUUGGAUUGGAACCUUUCUAGGCCACAAGGGCGCUGUGUGGCAAGCGCGUCUGUCUUCAGACGCAUCCAUGGCAGCCACGGCUUCAGCGGAUUUCUCAGCCAAGGUCUGGGAUACACAUACUGGAGAAGCUCUGCAUACCCUCGCACACAACCACAUCGUACGCGCUGUCGCAUUCCCCAAUCAGCCACACCCACAGAUUCUCGCGACAGGCGGUAUGGAAAAGAAGCUGCGUAUAUACGACCUCUCGCGUAGCGACGCGACGAGCUUUGAGAUUGGCGCAGGUGUCCACACGGGAACCAUCAAGUCCAUAGUAUGGACUUCUGACCCAAACGUCAUCAUUACCGCAGCAGAGGACAAGAAGGUGCGGUGGUGGGAUCUGCGACAAGAGGCUACUAUUGGAGAGUACGCGGUUGAAGGUACUGUAGGCUCCUGUGAGCUGGAUAACACCUCCUCAGAUGGAGUCUUGAGCGUAGCUGCUGGAAACAGCGCCUACUUCUUCAACAGCUCAUCACCCGGGUCACUUCUCAAGAGCAUCAAAACACCUUAUGAGAUCGCCAGUGUUGCAUUCCACAACGGAGAGCGCAAAUUUGUCACUGGCGGUAGCAACCAAAACGAUACAUGGGUUAGGGUCUGGGAUUUCGAGGAGGAGAAGGAAUUGGAGACGAACAAGGGCCACCACGGCCCAAUUUGGUCAGCAAGCUUCUCUCCCGACGGCAAACUUUAUGCGACUGGCAGUGAGGAUGGUACAGUCAAGCUCUGGAAGUUCACAUCUGGCCCUUACGGUCUGUGGAAGUAG